AUGGAAUUACUCUGGAAGGAGAUCUCCCUUUUCGAGCUGCCGAAGACCAAAGGAAUUGGAAUAUUCAACAGAUACGAACACAUGGACCCUGAGCUGGGAAUUGUGCUCGAGCCGGAGGAGGAGCCAAAAGACAUCUACCCGUUCCACCCCGUAGAGGACGAGAGUGAAGGCGUGCGAGGGUCGUGCAAGAUGUUCCACGAGCGCGUCAACGUAUCCGAUUCUGCGGCGCUGAUGACCCUGGCUGAGGUGGAAGAGCUGUAUGGAGAGAAGCUGGUGCUCGUGGCAGCAGAUGCUGCGAAAAACAAGGCCCCUGCAUCUUGGCAUGCAUCGACAAAUCAGCUAGCAGCCAUGGGGCGACAACCCAAUAGUCCUAUGUUCUUACCACCGCAAGCGUCUGAUGAAGAUCACAUGAUCACCAAACAGCCCCACAGCCAAAAGGGGAACAAGGGACAGACCUACAAUGGCUCAUCGGAUGCAUCUCACGAUCGUGCGUGUGGAGUUUUGCUUGGGAUGGCUCCACGUGUGUCAGCAGACGGAGGUCUAUCAGUUGGCCAGAGUGACUACUCAGAACCUGAAAUGUGGUUCUAUGUCGAGAGGCGCUCAAAGUUUAUCAUGAUGAUCCAAAGGGCAGUUGAGAUCCUGAAGCUGAAACCAGGAUAUUGUGCUCCUUAUACCGCUGUCAAGGAAGAGAUGGGAAUGCCAGAGACCUCUUGCAGAAAGCUCUUUAAGAGUACAGAAUUCCAGAGAUACAUAAAGAAUGUGACUGCCCCUUAUCGCAAGGUGUACCCAGAUGCCUCCCCCUCUCAGUGGCGGUGUAAGGGCAAGGAUGCCGAAAAGUUUGUCCGUAUUAUGGAGCUGAUGAAUCCCAAGAUCGACCCUAUGGAGGUGUGCAAAGCAGAGGAGGUAGCUGAAGAAGACGAGGAAGAUGAUUCCUAUCCAGGCAUACUCGACCAGCAUAGGGUGAGGUGUUGGAUCAAAAUCUACUGUGUGAGAAUUCAUACAUUUUUAAGUAUCCAGUUGGCAUUAGGUGUAACCAAAGGGUUUAAACCAAAGUUUAAUCCGUACUUUUCAAGAUAA